CCGGAGAAGUACGUCCUUCUGAGCUCACUUCCGCCGGCUUGAAUCGGACCCGAUAUCCUUUGCACCGCUUUUGUUCUCCCAUUUCCACCCAGACCGACGCUGUCGAACGGAGGGAGCCAUCCGGUGAGGGAGACCACGCCGAGUAGCGGAGCACAGAACACGUCAGGCAGCCACAUGCAAAGCGAAGUCUGCAACCAAGGAUACGCCGCACUCCGUCGUUACAUAAGUGGACUACUUCUACUUCUGUUUUUUUGUUUUUGUUUUUCUUCAAGCUUUUUGGUUCAACCGAACUGUCACACACUCUUUUAACCCCAAAAUGGAGAACGACGAGAAAUACCUCCCCGAGCUGCUGGCGGAGGAUAGCCUGGAUUUGUCGUUCACACACGCCACGAAACUUUUGAACACAGAAAUUGAUAGAAUCCAGAAAGGCGAGACUAAAAAGGAGACAGAAACAUACCUGGAUCUUUUCACAACAAAGAACAUCAAACUUAAGGAACGAGUGCUCAUACCUGUCAAACAGUACCCAAAGUUCAAUUUUGUGGGGAAGAUUUUGGGACCUCAGGGCAAUACAAUCAAACGUCUGCAGGAAGAGACCGGAGCGAAGAUCUCUGUGCUUGGCAAAGGAUCCAUGAGAGACAAAUCUAAGGAGGAGGGGCUGAGGAAAGGUGGGGAGCCCAAGUACGCCCACUUGUCGAUGGAGCUGCACGUGUUUAUCGAGGUGUUUGCCCCGGUGCCAGAUGCCUACCUGCGCAUGGCCCAUGCCAUGGAGGAGGUCAAGAAGUUCCUGUUCCCAGAUAUGAUGGAUGAUAUCUGCCAAGAGCAGUUCAUGGAAAUGAGCUACCUGAAUGGAGGCCAGGAGCACGGAGCCCGAGGCCGAGGGGGCAUGCCAGUCAGGGGCCGCGGAGUCCCCCCUUCUGGAACACACAGGGGAAGGGGAAUGCCUCCUCGGGGAGGUGUCACUCGUGGAGGCCCAGGCAGAGGUGGGGCACUGAGGGGUGCUCCAGCAGGCCGAGGCGGACCUCCUGCUGCACCUGCCAGGGGAGCUGUGGCAGCCCGUGCUAGGCCCCCUACUGGCGGGCCCCCCCAGAGAAUGGCAGCCCCCCACCAGCACGCCCCUGCUGCAGCUGCAGAGAACUAUGAGGAAUAUGGCUACGAUGAGAGCUACACAGACACAGCCUACGAGUCAUACGACAGCUACUACAGUCAGCCGCAGGCAGAGCCUGAAUACUAUGACUAUGGACAUGGAGAGACAUCAGAGUCGUACGAGUCCUAUGGUCAAGAUGACUGGAACGGGACCCCGCGGACAGCUCCAGGGAAGGCUCCUCCUGUCUCCAGAGGUGCCAAGACGCCUUAUCGGGAGCACCCAUACAGACAGUACUGAAGCGGACUAAGCACCUUUAAUGUGUCGCCCUGACUACCGCCUGUGUACCACGGCAGCUCUCGCUUUAAGCAGCCCGACAAAAGUAAUUGUCUGUUUUGUCUUUGGUUUGGUCUUUCCUACACCGGACUUUAUACGAGAGAGCAAAUUGGGAACUGAAAAUCCGAACUGUUUGAGAUUUGAGCACAAACACCCUCCCCUACCCGACUUUGUCAUUCCAACCAACCACUUAUUCAACAAGCCACCAUUCCUUCCUACACAAGUGGCUUUUAGAUGGGUUCGAGAGAAGUCAAUGUCCUUACUUUGUUCAUUUUCAUUUGACUUUUUGAUUAUUUCGCUGUAUUUUUCUCCUUCCCUUUUUAACCCCCUCUGGCUUUUUUUGCAUUGUUUAUCUCAUUUUUAUUAACUGUUCAGGAAAAAUAAUUUCCAAGCAAAGUUAGGGGCUUAUUAUCCACUUGUCUAAUGAAUUCAUGACAAAUGUUUUUUAAAUAAAAGAAACUGUUGAGGGUCAGUUGCAGAUUCCCAAUUAGGCUACAUUUCAAAAUUCUGUUAAUAUAGUGAAUAAAAUAUCUAUUUAAACUUUCAUGUAAUAUAGAGACAAAAAAAACCUAUAUUAAAUUAAGUGAAGGUUAAGAAUCAGUGUUAAUGGAAUCGGAAUAAUUCAUUCUUACUGAUGGUUUGUUUUAAAUAGUUCUAAAAACGUUGUCCAUUUAGACUUAGGCAGCAAUAUUUGUCAUUGUACUUAGAGUUUUGAAAUAUAGCCCUAAUAGACACUGUUGAGAUGGACUGUCCUCAUAUCCUCAAUUCGUUUUCCUUGUUAAAAAAUAAAAUUAAAACCGUGAAGACAUGUUUGAUGAUAACAUGGCUGAGAGAUUGCCUCCUGUUAUGCUAAAUCCAGUUUAGGUCUUCAUUUUGUUAUCGGAAUCUCUAUAAACUGCAUGUACAAAAGUUCACAAAGAAAGGAUUGGGACACAAAUCUCCACAUGGGUCUUCUCUUUUUCUAGAGAGAAGGGAUCCUGCAGCUCAAUCUGAACCUUGUACAUAUUUUAAAACAUCCUAACUGUACUUACUCUGACACUAGUAUCUGUACCCUCUCCAUAAAAUGCAUUAUGCUACAUGUGUAAGCUUGCCUAAAUAGGUUACUAAAUCUGUCCAAAAGAUGUUUUGCAGCAGUUUGUCAAUAAAGCCUAGUUUGUUUUUAUGAAAUUUAA